GCUGAGAGCAAAGCAGAGCACAGCAGCCUGCAUAAUGACCGGACACCACUGCUGGGGAUACGGACAGGAUGAUGGGCCUUCUGAGUGGUACAAAUCAUAUCCCAUUGCCCAGGGACAUCGUCAGUCACCUGUUGAUAUAGUCUCCAUGCAAGCAGUUUAUGAUCCUAGUCUGAAGCCUCUUAUUAUCUCAUAUGAAUCGUGUACAUCUCUUGAAAUCUCCAACAAUGGCCACUCAGUCAUGGUGGACUUUGAAGAUGCUGAUGACAAGACAGUGGUCAAUGGGGGGCCCCUUGAAGGUCCCUAUAGGCUAAAGCAGUUUCAUUUUCAUUGGGGAAUGAAGCACAGUCAGGGAUCAGAGCACACAGUUGACAGCAAAUCUUUUCCUUCUGAGCUCCACUUGGUUCAUUGGAAUGCCAGGAAAUAUGCAACAUUUGGAGAAGCAGCAGCAGCUCCAGAUGGCUUGGCGGUAGUUGGUAUUUUCUUGGAGACUGGAGAAGAACAUGCCAAUAUGAACAGACUAACUGAUGCCUUGUAUAUGGUAAAAUUUAAAGGGACAAAAGCUCAGUUCAGAACCUUCAACCCAAAAUGCCUCCUGCCCUCAAGUCUAAAUUACUGGACAUAUCCUGGUUCUCUAACAACACCUCCUCUAUAUGAGAGUGUAACGUGGAUAGUGCUGAAAGAGCCUGUCAGGAUUUCUGAGAAACAGCUGGAGAAAUUCCGAACUCUUCUCUUCACCAGCGAGGGAGAUGAAAGGAUACAGAUGGUGAAUAAUUUUCGCCCCCCUCAACCUCUUAAGGGAAGAAUAAUUCGUGCUUCCUUCAAGGCCUAAAGAAGAAAAUUAAUAAUGAGCUUCAAACUUCCAAGUGCUUCCAUGUCUGAAGGGCCUCACAAGAUCACUGAUCUUCAGAUGACUAUCUCAUUGAGAAAGUAAAACAGCCAUUUCCAUGAACACUUUGUGUUGUGGUGCAGAAAAAAGUCAAUACCUCUUGGUUUUAUGCUUUGCAUGGGCCAGAUCCAUUCUUUUAAAAUAAUUAUUAUGAGAUCUUGUUCUCUAAAAAAGAGAACAUUUUUAAAAAUCAGGAAUAAUUUAGUAAUCCAGGGUGUACUCCAGUAGAAUAGUGUGGUGAUGUUCCAUAUUAUUAACUAUAAUUUUAAGUUUGUAU